GACGGGUCGGUCGGCUGCAAGGGUAGUUGGGUCGGUGGGCAGCAAAGUGCCUGUUGAGCUCUUACUCCCAGCCUGGUCAGGCCCAUGUCUCUGCGGGAGGCCGGAUGCAGUGAAGGGCUGAUUCCUCCUCCCACGGCCCGGCGACAUAGCAGCGCUAACUAUCUAAGCAAUGACCGUGCACACUACGCUGCUGACUGGAUUCGCGCCACUAACAACAGCGCCAGAGCCUACAGGGCGGCGAGCCUCGCCCUCGGGUCCUCAGGGCAUCAAGAACAGCGCUCCUUGUUGGACAUUUUGAUGCAGAAUGAUGCUGAUAAAGACAAAUUACAGCAGCAGAUUCCUCCAUCUAAGCCAGAUGCGGGAAACUUUCCAAGCGCCUUUUGCCUUCUAAAAUCUAACUUUACUAAGGUAAAUGAUGGAGUGCCUCCUCCAAUACCGGCUCGGCCCCCUCCAGUCCCCGAGAGGUCCCGGCCCCCCGCUUUACCCCCACCACCCGUAUGUGCCCCCCCACCACCACCCCGUUCUCGGCCUGCACCACCGCCCACUCCACCGAGAUCUGCUCACUUAGUAUCUAAAGCUCAACAGUCUUCUUCACUGAACAAUGCUCAACCACAAAAUUUAUCUAACUCAUUAGCAAGUAACCUGAACUCAGAACGAAGACAAUCCCUUAAUCCGCCUACUGAAACCGAGGGUCAGAAACAGCCCCCGCCUCGACCUCAGGCCCCAAACUACGUGAAAAAGCAAGCUGAAAUAGCCCCUCCUGAGACUCAGAGGAAGAGGAGUUUCAAGAUACCACCGCCCUUGCAGACUCAGCCGCCGCCGGAAGACGAGAAGCAGUCGUCCCACACCACGCUGCAGAACGACUCCAUCAACGGCAGCUCUGGGAAGAUCUCGAUGCGCCAGGACUCGAACGUCUCCAGUGACAGUUUCAGCCAGAACUCUUCGCCCAGCUACACCACGAAGAGUAUGGAGACCCCUCUGCUCGCUCAGUGUGGCAAAAAGUCCAAGAACAAGUACAUGAAUGGAGACAAGAGGGGAAGGGAGCAGAGAGAGCGCUGCAUCGGAGACAGCGAUGAGGCGGUGAGCGGGCUGAACGGCGGGGCUAUGGACGACACAAACAAUGCUUUGACCAAGAGCCACUCGACUCCUGCUAGUCUUCAGGCUAUUGUGCGGUUCCAUAGCGGCUCCAACAUGUCUAUCCAUCACAGGAUAAUGAGUGACAUACGACGCCCAUCCACCCACUACAUUACUCGAGGCCGUCUCAAAUUCCAGUUUGCUCAGGUGGUGCUGAACGCCGUCGCUCUGUUGGCGAUCGCCGGUGGUCUAGCCGUGUAUUUCCAAGCGGCAUAUCCUUCCACUGUAAAGUAUGUGAACAGAACCGUCUCCGAACCCAGAGCUGUAAUAGUUCCUGAUGUGAAUCCUGCGCCAGGUAUAUGUUUGCCAGUAAUAGUGUCGUUUUGCCUGCAACACAAGAUUCCCUAUAACUUUACAAUGUUUCCUAACUACAUUGGCCACUUCACACAGCGAGACGCCCAGCUGGAACUGGAGGUGUACGAUGCUGUGGAAGAUGUGCGAUGUUAUGAGUUGGCUGCCCUGUUUUUGUGUUCCGUCUUUGUGCCAAAGUGUGGACGUGCUGGUCAACUAGUUCGUCCUUGUAGAAGUCUAUGUGCAGAAACCAAACGUAGGUGUGGAUUCUUCCUUGAUGUUUUCGGUUUGACACUGCCAGAAUAUUUAGAAUGUGAGUUGUUUCCUGAAUCAGAAGACAGUGAUGUGUGUGUGGGCCACAGAGAAGUGAUCGAGGCUGAUCUACGUGCUCAGAAGCCAGUGUGCCUGACUGGAUUCCAAUGUGACCAAAAACGCUGCAUCCCAUCAGACUGGAAAUGUGAUGGACAUGUUGACUGUGAGGACCAAACGGACGAGCUUGAUUGCCAUGAGUGUGCUAAAGGAGAGAUACACUGUGGGUCCAGGACAUGUAUGGACCAGACGCACAUGUGUGACGGUGUCAGAGACUGUCCUUGGGGCCAAGACGAACGAAACUGCAUAAGACUGAGUGAGAAAAUGGGAGAUGAAAGCAAAGGGAAGCUGGAAGUUUUCCAGCCAAUUUUACAAAGUUGGAAACCAGCUUGCAUGACCACUUGGGACCCACAGAUUUCUCCGAAGGCUAUUUGUUCUAUGCUAGGAUACAGGAAAGUAAAUGCAAGUAAUCUGGCAAUCAAGGGAUCAGCUCCAGGGACGAAGCUUACGAUAAAGUACACAAGCCAUCCCCUCAAGAGGUACACUGUGCCAAAGAGACAUCCUAACCUCCUCAAAGAACUAAGAGAUUGUAACACUGAAAAUUAUGCACCUAUUGAGUUGGCUUGUUCAAAUUUUGCGUGUGGUGUACGACAUCAAAUGUACCAAGAGAAGAAACAGACUAGGAUAGUCGGCGGCUUUGAGUCCAGCCCUGGAGACUGGCCGUUCCUGGCGGCUCUUCUAGGAGGUCCGGAGCAAAUCUUCUACUGCGCAGGAGUGUUGAUCUCAGACCAAUGGGUCCUUACCGCGUCCCACUGUGUUGGCAAUUUCACCCAGGGCGACCUGUCAGGAUGGACAAUCCAGCUUGGAAUCACAAGAAGGGACGCUCAUUCGUACUUCGGGCAGAAGAUGAAGGUGAAACGGGUUAUACCUCAUCCCAUGUAUAACCAAGGUGUCGCUCAUGACAACGACGUGGCAUUGUUUCAGUUGUCUUCUAGAGUGACGUUCCAUGAACACCUGUUGCCAGUGUGUCUGCCCAGUGCCAACUAUAGGUUGAAGGAAAAGACCAUGUGUACUGUGAUUGGUUGGGGAAAACGGGAGGAUAGUGAUGUUUCCAGAUACGAAGCGGCUGUGAAUGAGGUGCAAGUUCCGAUUUUGAACCGAGAGCUGUGUAACACUUGGCUUGAACAUCGGGAACUGAACGUCACCCAAGGGAUGAUCUGCGCUGGCUACGCUGAGGGCGGAAAGGAUGCUUGUCAGGGAGACUCUGGUGGCCCUUUGCUUUGUCCGAUGGAAGAUCACCCCAACCGCUGGUUUGUGGGGGGCAUAGUCAGCUGGGGCAUUAAGUGUGCCCAUCCCCACCUCCCAGGGGUGUACGCAUACGUACCAAAAUAUGUACCUUGGAUAGAGCAACAGAUGGCAUUAUAUUCUGAAAAAUAACUGAACACAAUGUUCAAAUUGUAUUUGUACACCGCAGGUGUGAAAGAAAUCUAUUUCAACAUCCUUGAGACAAAUUCCAAUAAUGUUAACAUGAAUUUUAAAACUUUACUAUGGAAGAAUUAGUGAUAAUUAGUCGUACUCGUGCAUAUCAUACUACUAAGCAUGUCCUGUUCACAUCGUGAAAAUUCUGUUUUCUGAUCUUUUUGACUCGUGCAUCAUCACUAUUAGACUAAUUCUACCCAGUUGGAAAUGUUAAUUCCGUUACUUUCAAUACAACUGAUGUUUGAUCAAAUAUUGGCAAGUCAAGCAUUUAAAAUUAAAAACAUUGAUAAUCAGUAAUCGUGACCUCUUUACAGGUUUUAUAUUGUCGUACAGUUACUCAAACAGAAGAUAUUAUGAAAAUCAUUUUAUUUGUGCUAAUACUAUUAAUAAAAUCAUAAGCCUAUUUUUUUGGACUGAGUUGAUUCUGCUUAAUAAGACUCCCAAUUUUUGUUUUAGGGGAGGAAAAUGUAUCAGUCAAUUUGUAUUAUUUAUCAAAGAAUCUAAUGUCACAAUGGCUGUACCUUCCCCACAAUAUUAUAAAAUGUAUUACAUAAUGGUAGAAAUGUAAAAUUUAUCAUAUAUGCCACUCACUAUAUAUUUUGGUAAAGUAAAGAAAUAUUACCUUUAAGUUGGGCAUAUAAAGAGAAAAUGAAUUUAUGUUUAGUAUCAGGAAAUAAAUUUUUAUCUUGGUCAUUGAUGUUACUCAUUUUUAUUUAACUUUAACUUACCGUUUUAAGUUAGGUUAGCUUUUCUAAGCUAUGCAAUGUUUCUAUAUUGAACUUAGUUGGACAUAAAAUUUUGAUGUUGGAAUACAGUUACGUAAUGUGGCGUAAUAAUAUAAGUUAAUCCUAUAGAAAAAUCUUGUUGAUUAACAUAUAAUUACUAAAUACGUCCAAAAUUCAGAGCUGUAAGCAAAAAAGAAGAAAACUUGUACGUCUGAAUGAAUACUGUGAUUACAAACUUUCUGUAACUUCCUAAUUUUUAAUGCUUGACUUGCUGCAGGACUUUAUUAAUGUUUAUUUAACAUUUUGAUUUGAAUAGGUAUAAAUAUCUUUAAAAUAUCCAGAUAUAUUUGUAUGAGUAAUGAUAACUGUAGUCUUGGAACGUAUGAAGAAACAUGAUUUAAAGAUAAACCUAUACAAUCAAGAAGUGUAAAUAAUCGAUAGUAAGUAUAAAACUGCUCCUUAAAGUCUUUCGUGUUUGUAUGUAGAGGUCAUAUAUUUUGGACAAAAGAUUAUGUUCCUCCAAUAUCACCUGGAGAUAUAUUCUUCUACCUAACAGCAUAUCGUCACUUAGACAAUUGUGAGCAGCGGGUCCACUCCGCUGGAUCUGCUCUUGUGUAGUGCAGUAUAUAUUCUAAAAGCCUUUGAAAGUUAUUAUUUUUAGGUUGUCUGUUCUGAUUAUGAUUUUUGACAAAGCAGAUUACUAUGAAAGCUCAACUAACUUAGAGAACUUAUAUUAGUGCGUAUAAACGUUAAUGUGUAUAUCGUAUCGUUUCCACUUUUACGAUAUAUACACUAGUGUUUAUACAAUAUGUAUAAAUAUACACAGUUUAUACUGAAACAAAUCUAUAGCUAAGGUCGUAAAUGUAAUUAUUAUAUAGUAGGUUAGACGUAAUUAAUUGUUAUGACAAUAAUGUGUGCUGUAGAAGCUUCGCGGGCUUUGCCCACAAUAUCGCAACUGACAAUAAAAGUAUGUGCAUUAUGUGCAAUAGUUAGCUGUGUUCAGCUCGUCAAACUGCACCAUUCCUUUCUGACGUUUGUGGCAGAAUAACGACAUGAUUGGUUCUUAAAAACCACCCUGACUUGGCAAUAUUCUCUUUUAUCUAUUGGCUAAGUCAUGUAGAAGACAUUGAAGGUUUAUGUGUAAUAUAUCUCAGCCUUUUAAAAGUUAUUAAAUUGAAAAACUCAUAGCUUGAAAUUUACUUAUUACGAAAAUAAUGUAAUUCUGUGUUAUAAGAACCAAUAAAUACAGAUUCCUACUGAUCAAAAAUUAAUAUCCAAACUGCAGAGUUGCUUAGAUAAACAUGCCAUCAGUUGUUGACUCUUCCCACAUUGAAAAGUAAAACAAACUCUGUCAAAGCACUAAUUUGGAAGCUUAAAAAGCGUUAGGACUAUUUUCAACGUGCAAAACAAUAAUUUCAUAGAUUUUGAAUGAAGUAGUUUGAGAGAGAAAGACUUAUUGUUGGAUUUGUAAAGAUAAAUACAUAUGGCGCAGAACUUUGAUUCAAUGUAUAGCUGGAACAAAUUUAUUCAAUGUUGUUUUAUUAUAUCAGUAAAUUGCUGUAACAGUUUUAUGAGAUAGCUAUCGGUAGGAGUGAAAAAAUCAGCACCAUAGUCAGUCAAUAUCCAGAGUAGCUUUUUUCAGAGGGCAUAGAUCAAUUUUAAUGUUCUGGGAGUAUUGGGUGUGUUCAAUGAAAUAUCUAAUCAGCAUAUUGGCAUCUAUGGCUAGAAUUAAUAGAGAGUUUUGCACAAAACCGAUUAAAACAAUUUUAAGGAACAUUUUUUCAAAACUUACUAGUAGAGUAGGGAUAAGGCUGAAACGGAAAGGUCACGAGUUAAGUUUCUGAAGAGGUGAUAAAAUUUACAAAUAGGUUUUAACCAUUUCCCCUUAGAAGGUUUGAUACAAUAAAUUAAAUUCCCACUGGUGUAGAAAGAAUACCAUUUAAACAAUGUGUAUGUUACUUUCAAAAUUAUAAAAAGUAACAAGAACUGUUUUCCGAAGAAUAUAAAUUUACCAAGAGAAUUUAAAAAGCAGAGUGAGAGAAGUUGCUUGUACAGGAACGUGGACAGUUCUUAAUAGUAACGGAAAUACUUUGGCCGACAGGAAUUUUGAAACACUGCUCGCAGACUCUAACUCUAAGUCUGAAUGUACAUUCUCUUGCUCUCCUACAUUCUCAUACGUCUGCCACACUCGGACAAAAGGAAAGGAAUGGUGAAUUGCUAUUUCACACCCCACCUACUUGUUUAAAUGUUGUGGUGAUUUGUUCUUACGUUGAAACUAAUGUGUAACGCAAAUACUUCAACUUUGAAAUGUGAUAUAGAUCAAAUUAUUAUUAUAAAGGAGUGUUUUAUUUGAGAAACUCUACAGAGAACAUGUCACCAUUGUUACGAACAGCGCUAGCUCGACUAUAUCUUCCAAAUAGACAAUACUUAAGUACAAGUCACUGAAUAAAGUUUAAAGAGGCUAGGGUAAGUUAGUGAUAUAAGUAUUAUUAUAUUUUAGAGUAUUUUAAAUGUAAAUAAUAACAGAUCUUGUUUGAGAAUUUUAAUUCAAAGAUUGUAUUUUCAUACAUUUUUAAAUAGAUCUAUUGUAUACCGGUUUACAAAAAAGAAAUAGUAUUAUUAAUAUGGCUUGUUGUAUAUCAUUCACCGUGAUCUUUAAAAACUUUAUUGUAUAAAGUAUUUUUGUAAUUUUCCUUACGUAGGGAAACAUGUCCUUUUAGAAAUUAGAGAAUGUUGUUAUAAUAAUUGUUUAACACAAUCUUCUUAUAUUUCUAUACAAGGAUGUGGUGUUUACAGUCUGCUUCGAUAACUCUAAGUAAUGCUAAGCCACUAAUGUACACUAUCAAAAAUCUGCUAUUCGAUAUUGUAAUAUUUCAACAUCUGAGACGACAUUUAUUGGACUUUCAUCAAACGGAAAGUUCAAAGUGACCUCUAUGUAAAUGGUUGUUUCUCAUAUAGAGCUUCCUUAACCACGUGUUUCACUUUGAUGUUUACUGAACUGAGGACGGUAAAUGUUUGAUAAUUAACUGCAAAAAUGUAAUUCAAAUUGUUUUGUACCACUAUUCUAAUACAAUGGCAACAAAAUUCAAUUUUUCAUCAAGGAUUUUUUCUGCACAUUUCAAAUUAUUUAAUGAGGAAAGUUUCUUAUUGGCUAUUAUGAACGGUUAAUAGCUACUUUCAUUAUUAGAGGUUUUAUUAUUUAUACAUAUUAACAGAAAUAACAAAUACUUUAUGGAUAUACAAGAAAGACUGAUACGUAAUUGUUGGUAUUCUCAUCUGGAUUCCUCCUAUGCAAUAUAUUAAAUUGUUUAUAAAAAAUAGAAAAAGUAAACAACACACUUAAAAUGAUAUUGCAUAUAAUUUUAAGUUUAUAAAGUGGUUAACAUUUAUUAUUAUUUUCAUCACUCUGUUUGAUAAUCGGUUACUUUCCAGUACAGCUGAAGUCUGUUAAAGUCAUCUUUUCCCUCAUAGCUGCCAGCUUAUUUCCCUCUCCCAAACAUUACUUUCUCCACGUAAACAAUUCUUUCCCUGUAUAAAUUGUUGGAUUCCUUAUUUUGUGCUGACAGUUAUUUGAAACAGCUUAUUUUAAUACCAAAAUGAAUUAUAAAACAGUGUGACGUUUCCUUAUGGAAGAAAAUUACUAGACUAUGAUAUGUCAGAUAAUCUUUUAAAAGAUUUUUGAUGCUGAUGAAAAGUAUUGUUCAAUACUCGUCUCAAAAAGUCUUUUACGGAGCUCGAUAGCAUUUUCCAGUGGUGGCUGUUGUGUUUCAAUCUCUACAAUAUCUCGUACUCAACACAUUUAGUUUUACAUGUAUGAAAAGUUACUGAAUCGUCUCAACAUCUUGUGCUAAUCGUACUGGAUGUGUUUAAAAGCCCACUUUACUGAACAAAUGUUAUUGUUGUAGAUUCAACGUUUAAUUUGACACAUUGAUGUACAAAGCAUCAUCUUAACCAGCAUAAUCUUAAAUAAUCAAUAUUUUGUUACAAAUUGAAAUAAAAACCUCAUUAAAUAAUGAAUGUGCAGAAAAUAAGUCAAUUUCUUAAAGUUAAGGAUUAUCUAUUUUAUACUGAAAUGUACAUGCAGUUGAUAAAUUAAAUCUCAAUUUAAUAACAAAAUAUUUAGAUAUUUAGUACACUUUAGUUCAACUUCAUGAAUAAUUUAAGUAACACACAUUUCUGGAUAAAGUCUUGUGUUGAAUUUUGAAAUAUAAGAUUUUAACAAUGAAAUUUAAAUUAAACAAAGAAUAUAGUAUUUCUUUGCAUUCAAUACAUAUCUACACCACAACGAGCUAGGUGAUUUCCAACACAAUCCGAUGUUUCCGAAUCCAGCCGCACAUGACACCUUGCUUUUGUGUCAAAAUAUUAGUUUUGCAAGUUGGAUUAAUAGACUUACAUUUUAAAUAAAUAGAAAAGUAAUUUUCAAUAAGAUCUCUAGCAACAAUCAUAUAUUUUUUGGUACCAAUACAGUGUAUUUAAAUGUAAUUAUAAUCCAAUGUUAUGCGUUUUAUUCCAUAUUUUUUAUUUUUUAAGAUGAAAUGGCAUUGGACCAGUACUCUACUGCCAAAAAAUUAAACUAAAAAUAAUAGACAGGCAACAUAAUAGGAAGUUACCUUACUGUUGUUGUUUUCUACAGAUAUGUUACAUUCUAGAAAACGACAAAAACUUGUUGCAUUUCUCACUUUAAAGCCAUUAAUUUUUAUAAAACAAUAUUUUGAAUUAUUUAUUUUAUUUUGUGCAUUAUCUUAUCACUUUUCAUGAUUUGAAUUUACUAAAUACAUUAGCUCUGUAGGCAACUGGUAUUUAGAGUAGUAUUAAAGCAUCUUUUUAUAAGGUUGACCAAAUUUACAACAAUAUUGCACUAGAAGAAUAACUCACCUACACCUACAAUCAAGUAAUUUUAAUUGAAAUUCAGAGGCUUAAAAUAAUCUUACUGGUUAAGAAACAAUUGAAUGUGAAUUGUUAAAAUUGUCCGCAAAAAAACCAGUCUAAGUAAGAGCCUGGUUAAAGCAAGGCUUUUAAUACAGAUUUAUGAAAAAGUAUAAUUUUCACAAUUUAAUAGAGAAAUAUAAUAUUUAUUUUAUUAUUUAUUGAAUUUUAAAAUCCUAAUAGUAAAAAGAUUUAAGGUAAUUUUUACACUUUCAUUACAAUAAGUGGGGCUAAUUGAAGCUCCAAAGUUAUGAAGCUAAAAGUCUACUGCAGGUGUCAAUAAACAUAUCAUUUUGAUAACAUAUCAUUUUAAAAGUAAAAUAUGAAAUUAAAAUUCAGACAUGAGAACAAAGAAUAUAUCAGUAUAGUCAAUUAUAAUUGUUAAAAAAAAACUUAAAAUAACUAAUUAAAAUUUUAAUUCAUGCAUUAUUUUAAAUACAAAAUUUUCAAUGCUAAUUAUAUUUUCAAUCACAUUUUCAUACUAUUAGUUUACAAAUUACAGCUAAUAUUAAACAUAAACUCCUUUUUUAUUACAUGGGGUUGACAUUUUUAGAGUGUAGUUUUAAAAUAUUUCAAAGAGAGAUUUUUAUUGAUUCCUUCACUCAAAUUGUAUUUGUCAAAAUAAAAUUGUUAUCUCUCGUUAAAAAAAUCCAGAAAACUAAUUUGUCAUUGUUUAAAUAAAGUGAAAUGGUAAAUUUUGUUCAUUAUAUUUUUAUUCUCGUAAGUCUGAACAAUCAAACUUCUAUUUUCAAAUCAUACCAAAUAAAAUCAUUCUUUAUUCAAUAUAUGUAUGUUGAUAUACAAUGUAUAAAGUCAAAAACAAUUGAAAACAUUGUACUAACUAUUUUAUACUAUGUUCAACUGCAUGUAGGAUGAAUAUGUACCGUAAAUACUGGUUUUAACUUGUUGGAAAUAAUACAAAAUUAUGUGUGUUGUUUUUAAAAUAGAAAAUUAACUAUGGGUUUUAAUGAUAGUCUGAAUUUUCACCAGGAUAGCCUCUUUUUUCUACACUAGCGGUACGCUGACUGGAUCUAUACAGAAAAAGAUUAAUCUAACUUUACAACUUGAAUAUUUAACUCAGUUAUUCGUUCCUUCUUAAAAGGUUUUGCUGCCAGUUUCUAAAAAACUUUUAAUUUAAUCAUUAUACUGAUUAAAUAUUAAGAUUGAUAACAAAAUGAAGAUGUUGCCUCAAACGAAUUGCAAACUUUAUAUGUUGUGAUGUAUUGUAAGAUUGAAUAUUUAUGUUACGUGUACCAAAAGUGUGGCAUUCAAAUUAACUGCGAGUGUGGAACUUGUAACACUUCAGCAAACAGCUGUUAUCUGCAAUUUCUCAGAUUUCCAGGUUGGACACAAACCGUGUAUUUUAAUGACUCGCACAACUUGUAAAAGUACUUUUACCAUCACAUUACCGUAAUACUUAUUUAUUUCAUAUUGUAUCAACGUUAGACGUUGAAAAGCUUAUAACUGUACGUCUGUGGAUUAAAUCAAGCAAACCGUUGAUUUGACAACAUUAGAAUCAAAUUAGAAGUAAAUGUUUAUGUCAAAUAUCUGUGAAAUGUGACAGUCAAGCUGUAAAAACAUAGAGCUAAAUGUAAAAAAGGUAGAAUAAACGCACAAUUAACUAACUGUAAGUUAAUUAUAAUACUUUCCUGAGAGGAAGUAACUGAAGAUCGCUGUGCUGUGUAGACUAGCUUAGUUGCUUGUACACUUAGCAGCUGUAGCAUACUAACAGUGUGUGAAAUGAAAUAUAGAGCUUCGUAAAUCAAUUAUAUCCUGAGCCCAGGACUCGGGAAUGUAUUCCUGUUGAAGUUACUGUGAUAGUGGAGUUCUGUAACACGAAUCUGAUACCUUGACGAGCAUCUCUAGAUUACAUUACACACACUAUUCAACCGCAGUACCACGGUGUUCUGUAUUGUUACUGAGCUUGGAAUCUGAGGUAAUACAAUGCCUUACAUGUUGC